UCUUUCCCUUUAUCACUUUAGCGGUGAAGGUGCAACAGUAAUCGGUCGUCCCGAAUCCGGGUUCAUCCGACACCCUCACUAAUCAAGCUGAACUGAGCUCAACUUCUACUGCAGGAUCAUGCCUCCCAAAUUCGAUCCCAAUGAGACUAAAAUUGUGUACAUGAGGUGCACAGGAGGAGAAGUCGGUGCCACCUCUGCCCUGGCCCCGAAGAUUGGACCUCUGGGUUUGUCUCCCAAGAAGGUCGGUGACGAUAUUGCCAAGGCCACUGGAGACUGGAAAGGCCUGAGGAUCACUGUCAAGCUGACAAUCGUCAACAGGCAGGCAGCGAUCGAGGUGGUGCCGUCAGCUUCAGCUCUGAUCAUCAAGGCCCUGAAGGAGCCCCCUCGUGACAGGAAGAAGGUCAAGAACAUCAAGCACAGCGGCAGUGUCACCUUUGACGAGAUUGUGACCGUUGCCCGCACGAUGAGGCCCCGCUCCAUCGCCAGGGAGCUGUCCGGAACCAUCAAGGAGAUUCUGGGAACCGCCCAGUCCGUCGGUUGCACCAUUGAUGGUCGACCUCCCCAUGAUGUCAUUGAUGACAUCAACAGUGGCAAGAUCGAGUGUCCAUCUGAGUAAAAUUUUGAAAAUAAAAGUUAUUGGAAAAACU